AAAUAAUCUAAGUUUUUUUUUUUCCUCUUCUCUUACAUUCCACUUUACAUCAACAUUCGCUCAGGCAUUUGACUUCAACUUACUUUACGAAAAUGCCGGGAACUGUUGGGAAUGACUCCUUAAAAAGGAAACGAUCGAAAACCGCCGAAAAAGCUACGAAACGAGCCAAAGCAGAGAGCGAUGAUGAACACGAUCCUCAAGCCGAGAUUCUCCUACUAGAAAAUGCAAUUCUCGAGUCUAAGAAGAAUUAUAAUAACAUAACGACCCUCCUCGAGCUUAUGCGAAAAGACAGCGACGAUGAAUCUACCCAGCUUGCAUUGGUUUCUUUAUGCAGAGUAUUCUUGCGACUUCUUGCUUCAGGUAAUCUAGCAAGACGGGACGGCCAGUCGGAAAAGGAUAUCGUAGUUGUCCAAUGGCUUAAAGCAAAGCUCAGCGAUUACAAGCAAAUCAUUGUUUCUGAAUUGGGCCAAGAAGAUUCAGCUCCGACCGCACUCACUUUGGCUAUGCGCGUCUUACAAGCCGAAGGGAAAUACUCGAACGAGAAGGAUGAAUACAACUUCCCGAAGGGCUUCCUAAAAGAAGUAGUAGAGGCUCUUAUUCAAAGUGAAUCUGAAGACGUGAGACAAGAGUUCUGCGAAAAGUUUCUCGGAGAGUAUGCGGAUGUACGGUUCUAUACUUUCAAGGCGUUGAAAGAUAUUCUAUCCGCGGACCUUCCAAUAUCUUCUGACGAUACCCUCUUCGAUGACGUAUUCGACGUUUUAUCUUUUUUCGAUGACGUUCCAAGUUCUGCGGAAGAGAUGGGCGAAUAUUAUAUCGAUGCGCCGAAAAAGAAGUCUCAUCCCGUCACAUCCCUCAAUCAACAGAAGAAAGUGGCACAAGAAGCGUGGUUAGCAUUGCUCAGUUUGGGUCCCAAUCGAGAUCAGCGAAAGAAAUUACUUCAAAUCAUGACCAAGUCAAUUGCCCCAUGGUUCACGAAGCCGGAGCUUCUAAUGGACUUCUUGACGGAUUCGUAUAACACGGGAGGCGCGACUUCGCUCUUGGCUUUAUCAGGAGUCUUUUAUCUGAUACAAGAGCGCAAUUUAGACUAUCCGUCUUUUUAUCGGAAAUUGUAUUCGUUAUUAGACGCGAAUAUUCUGCAUUCAAAGCACCGAUCCCGGUUCUUUCGAUUGUUGGACACGUUCCUGUCCUCGACGCAUCUUCCCGCUGUCCUUGUCGCAAGUUUCAUCAAGCGAAUGGCAAGAUUGUGCCUCAAUGCACCCCCUGCCGCCAUCGUUGUGGUCAUACCUUGGAUGUAUAAUCUAUUCAAAAAGCAUCCGCUUUGCACUUUCAUGAUGCAUCGCGUUCCAAGGACCGCGAAAGAGAAGGAGACCCUGGAAAAUGAAGGGAUGGAAGACCCCUUCAUUUCCGACGAAGAGGAUCCAAUGGAGACGUGCGCGAUUGAUAGCUGUCUAUGGGAAAUUGUUCAGCUACAGUCGCACUAUCACCCGAAUGUUGCGACCAUCGCGAAAAUAAUAUCGGAGCAAUUCACUAAACAGUCCUACAAUAUCGAGGAUUUCUUGGAUCAUUCGUAUAGCAGCGUAAGUCAAUUGUACUCCCCAGUAUGUGUAUCAAGUCCACAAAGUGCUUACGAAUUUCUAGUUACUCGAUGCCGAACUAUCCAAGCAAGUCAAAAAGGCUCCUGUUGUGGAGUUCAUGAUUCCCAAGAGGGUGUUCCUACCACAGGAUCCUACGUCUGGAGCUGAGGAUAACCUUUUAGCCAAGCUGUGGGACUUCAAAUGAUCGUCGCUCAGAUCGUUCGUACAGCCUAAGGGAAUGCGCCUUCUGGUACCGAGUAGAACUGGGGACUAUUCUGUGGUCCAGCUUCCAAAAUUCUAGUCCCAUUCGUCUCCAAAAUGCUGUAGCGAUUGACCCGAAAUUGCUUACGCCAUCUAUUCUACGGAAUAACGGGUCGGUGCCGAGGAGAUGGGAUUAUCCUGAUACGAAGCCACUCACCGCUUCCGGCUGGUUACAAUGCCAUCAUCGCGGACCCUAUUUUUCAGCUCGAGGUCGCAAAGCAUUGUUAGAGCAUCCUCGUCUUUCUUCGCGGUUCCUUGC